CUCAUCGUUGUUGAGUAUAAAUACUCCAUUUCCCUUUAGAAUCAACCCCUUCUCAUCACUUUGCCUGCGAUUUUCUUCUGCUGCGCCGCAAGGGACCUAUCGGAGCUUAAUUUCUCUUGCUCAAAGUCUCUUAGUCACUCAAUAUGGGUAAAGAGAAGGUUCACAUCAACAUUGUGGUCAUUGGCCAUGUCGACUCUGGGAAGUCGACCACCACUGGUCACUUGAUCUACAAGCUUGGUGGUAUUGACAAGCGUGUCAUUGAGAGGUUUGAGAAGGAAGCUGCUGAGAUGAACAAGAGGUCAUUCAAGUAUGCCUGGGUGCUUGACAAACUUAAGGCUGAACGUGAGCGUGGUAUCACCAUUGAUAUUGCCUUGUGGAAGUUCGAGACCACUAAGUACUACUGCACUGUGAUUGAUGCCCCUGGUCACAGGGACUUUAUUAAGAACAUGAUCACUGGUACCUCCCAGGCUGACUGUGCUGUCCUGAUUAUUGACUCCACCACUGGUGGUUUUGAAGCCGGUAUUUCCAAGGAUGGCCAGACCCGUGAGCAUGCAUUGCUUGCUUUCACCCUUGGUGUUAAGCAAAUGAUUUGCUGUUGUAACAAGAUGGAUGCUACCACCCCCAAGUACUCCAAGGCUAGGUAUGAUGAAAUCGUGAAGGAAGUUUCUUCCUACCUCAAGAAGGUUGGUUACAACCCUGACAAGAUUCCCUUUGUCCCCAUCUCUGGUUUUGAGGGGGACAAUAUGAUUGAGAGGUCUACCAACCUUGACUG